AUGGCCAUUGUAAAAGCAAAAGCAUUCUAUAACUUUGGCUUCUCCCAAAUAAGUUCCGGGAACAUAAACUUCAUUGAUGACGUAACGAUGAUGUUUCCAAGUGGUACAUGUUGCAUCCUGUUGAAUAUGGAGUACAACACCCAACGUACCAUCAACAGUGGCACGGACGGCAACUCCAUCACGGCCAUGGCUGUCAACCUCAAGAAAAGAGUUCUGGCCUUUGCCGAGCUGAAAAAGGACCAGGUACCUGUAAUAUUUGUGUACGACUUUGACACGUGCACGCAACACAAAGUCAUCUUUCAGACAGCGAUCGACGCAUCCAGCUACACCAGUUUGGCAUUCUCCUCGAACGGAAAGUACCUGGCAGCUGUCGGGCUGAAGAGCCAAAACGAAUACUACAUCUUCAUGUGGCUCUGGGAUAGGGCUCACCUCUUCGAAUAUUACGAAAUUGAUCCUGACGACUUGCAGAAGAGAAAGAAUUACACGGUGGACCUACACAAAUAA